AUGGUUUAUAGACAGAAAAGGGGGAUAUUCAACACAAAACUGGGUAAGGGAACAUUAAUUAUCACAGCUGUCAAAGUCAUUUCAGUGAAUAGUAUUCCUUAUACACAUGACAACAAGGGGGGAGGAGAGGCAAACAUAAAUCAUGCACACAAUUUAAAUGUGUACAUAUAUGUUCCAUUUUUUUUUUUUUUUCUUGUUUGUGCACAGUGUGCAUAUUGGGGGGAUAAGGACGUUGGACGCGUAUUUAGGGGACUGUUUAAUGCUAUGAAGAAUAAGAAGAAAACCGACGAAGAUCUGUGUAAAAACAUUACAGUGACUGAUCAAACAACGAUGGAAGCGAAUAUAAAAGCAUGUGAGCUUAUUACAGCAAGUUUGCAGCAUAUAUACGGCAUUCAGGAAGAUCCGAGCAAGAUUUACGGAAACCAGAAGAAAAAUGACAGAAUAUUUGAUCAAGUUAUCGCAUGCGCCUUCCUGAACUUAUACGCAGAUAAAAUGGAACAACAGAAGUGUAUAGACAAGAAUGUUAUAACAGAUGCCUUCAGCAAAAGUGAACAAAUUAAAGAGAACACACCUCCAUGCAAUGGCAUAGAUACUAAUUGUGUUACUUGCACAAGGGAUAAAAGUUAUGAAAAUUGCCCACUAAACGUGAGAACGGACCUAUGGACAACAGGUGGAGCAACUGGAACAUGCAACCAAGACGGAACUAACAUGAAGAGUAAAAUGGAUGAUAUGCUCGAAAAGGAUGGAACAGGACUAAAGCAAACUUUGGACGACAUAUGUAAAGAAACUUCCCAACCUUCCACCAAGGACCAAGAUGGCGCGGUCCAACCGGCCACCGAAGACAAUGGACGCGCUCCUGCUGCUCCAAGUGCUUAUCCAGCUCUAUCGGAAGGUGAAGAAGGGGGUGGUCACAGUCUGGGUGAAGGAGCUGGGGGACGAAGUGAAGCUGAUUUAGGGACACCCAAGGCUGCAAAACUUACUGCCAAGAAAGGAAUCGAUCCCUUCCUUCCUUACUUCCCUCUUGCUCCUGCCGUGCUUGGUAUUUCCGUUAUGAGUUAUUUAGUUUGGAAGUACUUUGGAAUGCUUCGUAAGAGAAGAAAACGUUACAGAAGAGCUUAUCAACUACGUGGUCCAUCCUUAGAACAGCAGAUUGUUGACCAUGUGGAUGAGCACCUUGGUCCACGUGAAUAUAUCUUAGUAAAGGAGCGCAAACCUCGUUCUACGCCUAUAAAAAGGAGGAAAAAACGUGCUGUUGGUCGUCGCCGUGGUGUACGUCGCCGCAUGAUUAUUGAUAUUCAUUUAGAAGUCUUAAGCGAAUGUCAAAAAGGGGACCUCCAUUCGACGAAGGAAGACUUUUUUGAAAUUUUGGUUCGAGAAUUUAUGGGAAGCGAAUUCAUAAAAGAAGAAAAUGUUCCUAAGGAAGACAUUCCUAAGGGAGAGGUUCCAAGUUCGGAUUCCGGGUUUGCGGUUCCAGGUUUAGGGUUUAGUGAGGAAAGACUUUGUUCCUGA